AUGGCGACGACGGAUCAGAACUAUACGUCGUUUCCGGCUGUGACGACGGAUGAGUUGCUGUCGGUCUUGCAUGAGCUGAAUUUGAGUGUUACGGCGGAGGAUGUGGCCAAGCCCCAGGGGGGUAUGGUGCAGAAAGUGUAUUUGGCGUUCCUUGAUACGCUGGCCGGCACGAUGCCUGAUAUGCUGGAGAAGCAGCGUGAUGCGCUGUGCGAGGGCAUGGAGCACAAGGAGAUCUAUGAAGAUGGUGUGGCGUGGCUAUUGUUUUUCCGGGAGGUGCGCGCUAUGAUGGAGGCAGCGACGGUCCACGACUUUCAUCUCCAGGAUCUGACGCGGCCGACGCCCAAGCGUUUCAAGCGGCACAUGUCGGCGCUGGUCAAUUUUUUCCGCUUCCGAUCGGACAGGCUGGCUGAGUUUGAUGAGCUGGUGCUGGAGACGGAAGAUUUGGAGACGCGGCGCCUCGAGUGGGAGGAGAGCAUGGAUCGUACGCGGCAGGCCAUUGCUGAGAUUGUCGCGCGGCGCAAGCACGAUGAGCCGCGGGUCAAGCAGCUGCAAGAAGAGAACUUAUCGCACUCGGACAAGCUGCUGGAGAUGAAGAAGGAGCAGGGCCGGCUGCUGGCGGAGGUGGAUGCGCUCAAGUCGGACAAGGCGGAGGCGAUCCAGAAGCAGACGGACAUCCAGUACCAGCUGCAGAUUGUGGCGACGGAGCUGCACAAGCUCCAGACGCGGAUUGUGACGCGGCCGGAGGAGAUCAAGCAGCAGGUGCAGGACAUGCAGGUGCAAGUGCAUGGCGAGCGAGCGGCGCUGGGUGAGAGUGAGCGCAAGGUGCGUGAGUGGCGGGCGAAGAUGGACGUGUUGGUGCGUUUGGACGAUGAGAUUGCCACGAGUAUCCGAGCGAUGGAGCAGGUGGCGGCCGAUAUGGAGCGUACGGCGCAGGAGGCGCGUGUGCUGCAGGACAUGAAGGCGACGAUGGCGUCGCGUACGCAAGAGCAAUCGACGCAGCUGCAUCGGAUGGAGCAGCUGGAUCGGCAAGUCAAGUCGGCGACGGAGCGUUUAGAGCGAGCGCGGCACGACUUGGAGGCGGCGCGGGCGCAUCGGCAGGCGAAGCUGCAGGCGCUGGGCGCGCGGCUGUCGGAUGUGUCGCGGCUUCGCAAGGAGCGGCAUGCGAUGGCGGAGAUCAAGCAUCACGAGGCGGUGGACAUGGAGCGGCAGCUGGCGACGGUGAUGCAGGAGCAUGAAGAGCACUAUGGCCAGAUGCAGCUGGAGAAGGAUGCGCUGAGUCGGACGGCUACGGCGUAUAUGGAUGCGAUUGCUCGGGCGCUUUCGCUGGGCUAG